AAGUGGCGGCGGCGGCGCGGCGGCCAUGGGCUCCUCGAAGAAGCACCGGGAUCGCGGCGGGGCCGAAGGGGCCGAGGAGGCUCCGGCGGCAGCGGGAGGGACCCCGGCGGGGGGGAGCGGCGCCGCGGGGCGGCCCCGUGAGCACCGGAAGCACCGGCACCGCGGCGGCGAGCGCAGGGGGAAGCGCAGCCGCUCCCGGGGGGAGCGAAGUGGCGGCGGCGGCGGCUCCGGUUCUUCCUCCUCCCGCCGUAGCGGCCCUGAGGAGCCGGGGAGGAGCGGCCAUGGCCGCGGAGGCGCCGAGGCCGAGCGGCGGGGGAAGAGGGAGCGGCGGGAGGAGCGGGAGGAGCCCGCUGCAGCCCCCAAAGCUGCAGGCGAAUCAUCCCUCAGCGUGGAAGAAACCAACAAACUCCGGGCCAAGCUGGGCCUGAAACCACUGGAGACAACGACAGUCAAGAAGGAGGCUGGCACCAAGGAGGACCCGGUGGCAGCGGACGUCAUCAACCCCCUGGUGCAGCGCCAGCGGGAGGAGAUCCGGGAGAAGCUGGCGGCUGCCAAAGAGAAGCGGCUCCUGAACCAGAAACUGGGGAAGAUCAAGACGCUGGGGGAGGAUGAUCCAUGGCUGGAUGACACGGCUGCCUGGAUUGAGAGGAGCCGGAAGCUGCAGCAGGAGAAGGAGCUGGCAGAGAAGAGGGCCAAGCUGCUGGAGGAGAUGGACCAGGAGUUCGGCGUCAGCACCUUGGUGGAGGAAGAGUUCAUGAGGAGGAAGAGGGACCUAUACAGUGCACGGGACCUGCAGGGGCUGACGGUGGAGCACGACUUGGGCGCCUUCCGGGAGGGAGAGACCCUCGUCCUCACCCUCAAGGACAAGGGGGUGCUGGAGGAGACGGAGGACGUGCUGGUGAACGUCACGCUGGUGGCCGAGGAGCAGGCGCAGGAGAACCUGGAGCUGCGCAAGAAGAAGCCCCCCUAUGUCCCCUAUGAGGACGAGGACCCCGCUGCUGCCACCCAGGGCCCCAAGGAACACGUGGUGCUCCCCAAAUACGCCGACCCCCCCCAGCGCCCCUCCUUCCGCCUGGGGACGCAGGGGACAGUGGGGGGGGGACCAGGGGACCCCCGGCAGCAGCCCCCCACCUCCACAGGCCCAGCCCCCCAGAGCCUGGAGCUGCCCCCCCUGCGCCUGGCCCCCGAGUACCUGACACCACAGGAGAUGGAGCCGUUCCGGCGGCAGCGGCGCCGCGUGCGGCGGCUCCGGAAGAAGGAGAAACCGCUCCGGGCCGACGACCUCCUGCCCCUGGCCCCCGGGGACACGAGGGGGGACUUCGGCUCCAGGUCCCGAGGCCGCGGUCGCCGGGUGCAAGAGGAUGAGGAUGGUGCUGAAGGGGAGGGGGAGGCCCCCUCCAGCCCCCCCCCAGGAGACCCCCCCCAGCUCCCCUCUGAUGACACCCGCCUGGAGAGCAUGGACAUCAGCAGCGAGGAGGAGGUGCAGGGCCCGGCCUCGCCGCGGGUGCUGGAUGAGGACGAUGCUGAGCAGGAGCUGCAGCAGCAGCUGGAGAAGGGCCGGAGGCUGCGGCAGCUCCAGCAGCUGCGGGAGGCCCCCGGGGAGAAGGUGCUGGAGCUGGUGCGGGGCUUUGGGGGGGCGCCGGGGCCGGAUCCCCGCUCCGGAGCCAUCGUCUUCAACGCCACAUCCGAGUUCUGCCGGACCCUGGGAGAGAUCCCGACAUAUGGACUGGCUGGGAACAGGGAGGAGCAGGAGGAGCUCAUGGCCCUGGAGCGUACUUCGGGGCGCCCGUCCCCCCCCGAAGCCCCCGAUUCCGAGGGGGAGGAGAACAUGGGCUGGAGCAGCGUGAACCUGGCUGAGGAGCGGCAGCAGCAGGAUUUCUCAGCCUCCUCCACCACCAUCCUGGAUGAGGAGCCCAUCGUGAACCGGGGCCUGGCUGCAGCCCUGCUGCUCUGCCAGAACAAGGGGCUGCUGGAGACAACAGUGCAGAAGGUGGCACGAGUGAAGGCACCCAACAAGUCCCUGCCCUCGGCCGUUUACUGCAUCGAGGACAAGAUGGCCAUCGAUGACAAGUACAGCCGCCGGGAGGAAUACCGGGGCUUCACGCAGGACUUCAAGGAGAAGGAGGGCUACCGGCCCGACGUCAAGAUCGAGUACGUGGACGAGACCGGCCGCAAGCUCACCCCCAAAGAGGCAUUCCGGCAGCUCUCCCAUCGCUUCCAUGGCAAAGGCUCGGGGAAGAUGAAGACAGAGCGGAGGAUGAAGAAGCUGGAUGAGGAGGCGCUGCUGAAGAAGAUGAGCUCCAGUGACACCCCCCUGGGCACGGUGGCCCUGCUGCAGGAGAAGCAGAAGGCGCAGAAGACGCCGUACAUUGUCCUGAGCGGCAGCGGGAAGAGCAUGAACGCGAACACCAUCACCAAGUGAUGCCUCAUCCCCUCCUGUCCCAUUCCCCCCAUCCCCUUUGUCACCCCCUGGAUAAUAAAGACCGAAGGAUGGUCCCUGAGUGUCACCA